AUGGACGUCAAGCUAAAACUUUUGAAUGAAGAUACUAUCUACGAGCACUUAUUUGAGCGAUACAGCUUUCUGCAGAAGCACGCCGAGUCGCUUAAACAGGAUUUAGGCAUUGUUUCACGUUCGGAUGCCUCUUUGGAGCUGAACUUCGAACCGCCAGAUAAAAAAACCUGCCAUAGAGCUGAAACAUUCUCGUUUGAGCUCUCGCAAUCAUUGUCCGCUCUUAACUCUUCUCAGGACAACAGUAAUUCCACAACAGGCUACGUUGUUUGGACCACAACGCCUUUCUUCCUACAAUGGCUGCUAUACUCGGAAGCUGGACGAAUUUUCACGAUCGGUGGCUCGAUUGAUUGUGAGGAUGAGCCUUCCUCAAGCACUUGUGAGAUACCUGCCAUGUUUAGUAGCUCAAGUAUAGAGAUUGAAGAUCAACAGUUUCAUCAGGUCAUAGAGCUAGGAUGUGGGGUGUGUGGAAUUUUGGGAAUUGCACUAGGAAACUACGUUGACAAAUACGUGUAUACAGAUCAAAAAGCGCUCCUGAACCGACUCAAGAACAACAUUGCCCACAAUAUCGACGAGCUCAGGCUGCGAAAUGUCACAUCAACUACUCUAGGCUUCGAUUCACGCCGGAAGACUCCAUUGCAGAUCCAAAUUGACGUCUUGAGUCUUGACUGGGAGACGUUUAAUGCAAACCCUACCAAAAUCGAUUCUCUUCUGAAACCUAACCGGACAGCAAAUGUGUCAAUAGUAUCAAUGGACGUGGUAUACAAUGAAUACCUAAUAGAACCGUAUCUAAAGACUCUCAGUAGCCUUUUGGAAUACUACGAACGAAUGGGCCACGUACCGAAUGCACUUUUAGGAAUACAGCUGCGUGAUCAAGAUGUAGUAGAACGUUUUCUGGAGUGUGCAAUCAUCGAUUAUCAUUUGAAAGUCUAUGUUAUCAUGGAUCCUGUCAUAGAAGUUACAAGGUUUGGCCUAUACUACAUAAAGCUACAAUAA